AUGGCUGCAGAGACCAAGGAGACGACGACUCCAGAGUCGCCGUGUGCGGCUGAGGAGGUGGUGGUGGUGGUGCCUGACGUUCCGGUGGCUGAGAAGUCGAUGGCGGCCGUUGUGGACAAGGAGGCGCCGCCCCAGCCGGAGCCGGAGAAAGAAGCGGCCCCGGCGGAGAAGGCGAAAGACGAAGCUCCCGAGGGGGCGAAAACCGCGGAGAACAACAACGUCGAAGAUUUGAUCGAUCCGGAGAAGAAAGCCCUGGACGAGUUCAAGGUUCUGAUUCAGGAAGCCCUCAGCAAGCACGAGUUCUCCGCCGCUCCACCGCUGCCUCCUCCCGCCGCCGAGAAGGAGGAGGAGAAGAAGGAGGCCGAGCAGAAACCGGAAGAAAAGCAGGACGAAGAGCCGGAGAAAAAAGAGGAAGGCCCUAAGGCCGAAGAGAAAAAGGAAGAGGAGCCGAAAACCGAAGAAAAGGUCGAAGUUUGUGAAGAAUCUCUGCCGGCGCCGGCGGCGGAGGAGGCGGUCGAGAAGAAGGUCGAGGAAAAAGUGGAAGCUGCUGAGGAAAUCAAGGAGACCAUCAUCGUUCACGAAGUCACCGCCCCUGCGCCGCCUCCUUGCGAGGAGCAGGAGCCGGCCGCCGCCGCCCCACCGGCGCCGGAGGAGGUCUCCAUCUGGGGCGUCCGCCUCCUCGCCGACAAGAAGAGCGACGCUAUCCUCCUGAAAUUCCUUCGGGCGAGGGACUUCAAGGUGAAGGAAGCCUUCGCCAUGCUCAAAAGCGUGGUUGCGUGGAGGAAGGAGUUCAAAAUCGAGGAGCUCCUCGACGAAGAAAAUAUCGUCGAGGGCCUCGAAAAGGUUGUGUAUAUGCACGGUGUGGAUAAAGAAGGGCACCCGAUUUGUUACAAUGCCUUUGGUGAGUUUCAGAACAAGGAAUUGUAUGAUAGCACUUUUGCUGAUGCUGAGAAGAGGGCCAAGUUCUUGAAGUGGUACAUUCAGUUCUUGGAGAAGAAUGUUAGGAAGCUCGAUUUCGGCCCGGAUGGGAUUUGCACGAUUGUUCAGAUAAUCGAUUUUAAAAACUCACCGGGGCUCAUGUUGUUCAAGAAGGAGCUUCGCCAGGCUACUAACCAGGCUCUUCAGCUGCUCCAGGAUAAUUAUCCUGAAUUUGUGGCCAAACAGGUGUUUAUCAAUGUUCCUUGGUGGUAUUUGGCUUACAAUCGGAUGAUUAGUCCAUUUUUGACUCAAAGAACCAAGAGCAAGUUUGUGUUUCCUGGCUCUACAAGAACCACUGAGAGUCUCUUCAAAUACAUAGCGCCCGAGCAAGUACCGGUUCAAUAUGGUGGCCUUAGCAAAGAGGGCGAUCAAGUAUUCACCACUGCUGAUCCUGCAAAAGAAGAAAUUAUCAAGCCAAAUUACAAACACACCAUUGAAUUUCCAGUCACUGAGGCUGGCACGUUGCUUUGGGAGGUUAGAGUCAUAGGAUGGGAAGUUUCGUAUGGGGCUGAGUUUGUACCGAGUGCUGAGGGUGGAUACACUUGGAUUAUACAAAAGGCUCGAAAAAUCGGGCCUUCUGAUGAACAAGUCAUAAGCUGCAGCUUCAAGAAUGGCGAAGUUGGAAAAGUUGCGCUAACGUUGGAUAAUAAAACUUCUAAAAAGAAGCAUCUCAUCUACAGGUCCAAGACCAAUAAGCCCUCUGAAUGA